AUGAAGAAGAAAUUUAUGGGGACAGAAAGAGCAAAGCGAGUUCACCUUCAAGCACUUCGUGCUGAAUUUGAAGCUCUCCGAAUGAAGACAGGUGAAUCAGUUUCAGAAUACAUUUCGAGGACGAUGACAAUCACGAACAAGAGGCAAAUUAAUGGAGAAAAGCUCGAGGAUGUCACCAUAGUUAAAAAGAUUCUUCGAUUCCUGACAGCAAAAUUUAACUAUGUUGAUAGGGACGAACAAGGCUUACAAGCUGCAAUACAUCCCAAAGGUUCAAGUCCUAGUAGAGGUAAAUGGAAGGACAAAAAUGAUCAUGCUACUGAUUCAAAAGGGAAAUGGAAAAGCCAUGACAACAACUACUCAAAUGGCUAUAAAUCGAAUUCUGUAAACAAGUCGAAAGUUGAGUGUUUUCGAUGUCAUAGGUAUGACCAUUAUAAGUUUGAGUGUCGAACUAAUUUGAAUAAGCAAUGUGGAGAAAGAUCUAAUUUUGCAGAGAAAGAAGAAGUUGUUUCCCUCUUGAUGGCGUGUCAUGCGAAUCAAGGCACCCACCAAAACUUGUGGUAUAUAGAUAUUGGCUACAGCAAUCAUAUGUGUGGGGACAAGUCAGCGCUCUCAGACUUGGAUGAAACAUUUUGCAACGCUGUAACUUUUGGCGACAACUCUAAAGUUUCUAUCAUAGGCAAAGGAAGUGUACGAAUUCACUCCAAAGAAAAAUAUGAUCAGAUUAUUUCUAAUGUCUUUUUUGUUCCAAAUUUAAAAACCAACUUGCUUAGUGCUGGUCAGCUUCAAGAGAAGAGAUACGAGAUUUUUAUUUAA